AUGGCUUCUCGUCUUCUUCGCCGCUCACUGCGUCACUACUCAACAUUCCUCUCUCGAAACUACUCCUCAGUACUGGAUGACCCUCCCCGUCUCGUCUACCACCGCGACCGCAACUGUCCUAUGAGGAGUCAGAAGAACUCCUCGGCACUGAAAUCCCCUCUCCCUCUCCCCCAGACCAAAGCUGAAACAAAUAGAAAAGCUGAACGUUUCAUCUCUCGCGCUAUCGCUUUCUAUGGUCAAGCCGGCAUGUUCGACCAAGCUCUCAAUGCUUUCAACUUCAGCCAUGAAAAACUCAACGUCACUCCCUCAGUUAAGUCGCUCAAUGGGUUGCUCACAGCUGCAAUCAUUACAUAUAAUCCUCAUGAGGUAACACGAAUUUACAAAGAUUUCCCGAAAAUGUACUCUAUUAAACCUAAUGCUGAUACUUAUAACUUGGUUAUGGGUUAUUUUGUUGAUACUGGCUCAACCACUUCUAUUUUCUCUAUUUUUGUUGAUAUGAGUGUCUAUCGUGUCAAACCUAAUGCUACGACUUUUAAUAAAGCUUUCCUUGGUUUUCUUGAGGAGAACAAAUUUGAGGAGAUUGAAAAGUUGGUUUAUUUGAUGGAAAAUAGGUAUGGGUUAACUCCAUAUCCUAUGAGUUAUAGUGUUAGGAUAAAGGGUUUAUGUAAGUUGAAGAUGUUUGAUGAGGCUAGGAGGGUAAUUGGGCUGAAGGCACAGACAGGGUUAAAACCGUCUGUCGAAGAUUUUUAUCCUUUAAUUUCUGGGGUCUGUGAGGCAGGGGACGUUGGGCUUGCUAGAUUAUAUUUUCAUCACAUGAAAACAGAUGUGGGGAUUCCCCGCUGUGAUUCUUUUUAUUUUCUAGUUGAUUCUCUGUGCAAGAUUGGGGAGUUUGAACAUGCUUUCGACGAUGCUAUGGAUAUGAUUCGUGUAGGUUGCGUCCCUACUCUUACUACAAUGAAAAAACUUGUGAAUGGGCUUGUUUGUGUUUCGAAGGUUGAUGAUGCUAAAAAGCUUGUUGAGAAAAUCAAGGACAAGUUUUCUGAAAACGGGGACAAGUGGGGUGAACUUGAAGAGAGUUUGCCUCAGGAAUCUUAAAAGAUUGUUGUAUACUGUCGUUGUGUGCUUUAUUUGUCAUUUUGGUAACUUUU